CGAAAAAGGGCAGGGCAAAAAAAAUGUUGUCGGAUAAGGAAGGCAAAGAAGGAAGUCUGGGUUUUUAACUUUAACGUUCUUAGAACAGAAAAAUGGAAGUGCUUGUGCUUGCUACUUUGCAUCUACAAAGCUUGCUGCUUCUUUUGUUUCUUUAUUCUUCUUCACAGAUAAGAAUUGGAGCUUAAAAAUCCAGAACCAAACGAAGGAAUUUUUCUUUCUUUUUAAGUAUGCCCAUCUUUUCUCAUCCCUCUCCAUCUUCUACCUCUCAGUUUCUUAGCUUUUCUCGUAAAGAUCAAGUCAUCACAUUCUGGUUGCUUGCAUUAGCUUCCCAGUCUAAUUACAGCUUCUCUUUUCCAUUUUUCUGGGUUUGAUCUUGGUGCAUUUUUUCUGUCUGGUUGGACUGGCUUUUGUUUGAUUGCUGAGAAAGUGAAAGAAAAGCCUGGUUUCUGGAUUUGUGAGAGAGAGAGAGAGAGAGAGAGAGAGAGAAGGAAACUAUGAUCAAAUCUUAGUACUCGACAUUAAUUUAUAGGUAUCAUCAGAGAAAAACUAGUACUACGAUUUAAUGUGCAAAUUUUAAAGUCGUGUUACCCCAGUAACUUUGCACGUUAAAUUUUAUUUUUCUUUGAUUUUCUGGAAAAUCGAAAAUAUAUCAUAUUAUCUAAGGAAAAACAGAAAGCUCUUCCUUUCAGUUUUUGCCUUUACCAUAAAGGGAAAUUUCAACUAACUUGAUGUUCUAGUGAACUCUAGAUUUCCCUUUUUUUUUUACUUUUCAAGUGGCCACUCACCUGUCCUUGAACAUACUACAACUUUGCAAUUUCUGGUUUGCCCUUUUGUUCCCAUUAUCCUCUCUCAGCAACCAAACAGACCUGUUGAUGGGGUAUAGCCAGCUAAGCCUCAAGUAUUGAGUUUAUCUAUUUACUAGCCGGCACUUGUUUAGCCUCUUUCAAAUUUCUAUUAGAGUUCCAUGUCAUGAUGAAUAUUCUCUGUAAAGUGUUUCACAUUAACAACAGGUUCUAAUUUUUUUACUGUUAUUAAAUUGUUAGAUUCCUACCUUUCUGAGUCGGAUUAUGUCUUUUCUUGGCUAACUGUAUUACUCAAGUUCAAUGUUCUUUUUACCUUCUACCUACUAUGUCUGGAGCAAGGGUUUAAAGAAAACAAAAACUAGAAAAAGAAAGUAUUCCCAAGGCUUCUUUUACUUGUCUGUAACUUUAUGUCACUAUUUAUUUGUUUUCCGUGGGCAGACUUUGGAUCUACAAUAAGGAAAGCAGGCUCUUUUUUUUUCUGUUUUUGGUAGUGGGUAUUGAAUAAUGAGGCAAUUUUCUUCCAUGUUCAAUGGGUUAGCAAGGUCAAUAAGAGGGAAAAAUUCAGGGAAUGGUGAUGGAAAAGAAGCUGCUGAGGCAAUGGCAAGGGAUGCAAAGAAAAAUGACCUGAUUUUGAGGUCUUCUGGUUCUGUAAAUGUCGAUGGUUCCAACAAUUUGGCCUCAGUUUUCUCCAAGAGAGGCAGGAAAGGAGUGAACCAGGAUUGUGCCAUUGUAUGGGAGGAAUUUGGAUGUCAAGCAGACAUGUUGUUUUGCGGCAUAUUUGAUGGGCAUGGUCCAUGGGGUCAUUUUGUAGCCAAAAAGGUUCGAGAAUCAAUGCCUUCAUCGCUGCUUUGCAAUUGGCAAGAAACUCUAGCUCAGGCAUCCCUCGACCCGGAGAUCGAUUUAGAGUCUGAUAAAAAGCAUCAGAGGUUUCAUAUAUGGAAGCAUUCGUAUCUGAGGACUUGUGCAGCAGUUGAUCACGAGCUGGAGCAGCAUAGGAAGAUCGAUUCCUUUUACAGUGGAACAACUGCCUUAACAAUUGUCAGACAGGGUGACCUCAUAUAUGUAGCCAACAUUGGUGAUUCUCGGGCUGUUCUGGCUACAACAUCAGAUGAUGGAAACUUGGUUCCCCUUCAGCUUACCGUCGAUUUCAAGCCGAAUUUACCUCAGGAGGCCGAGCGAAUAGUUCAGUGCAAAGGUCGAGUUUUCUGCCUGCAUGAUGAGCCAGGGGUGCACAGGGUUUGGCUACCUGAUGAGGAGUCACCAGGGCUGGCGAUGUCGAGAGCUUUCGGGGACUACUGCAUAAAAGAUUACGGUCUUAUUUCGGUUCCAGAAGUCACACAAAGACAUAUAACCUGCAGAGACCAAUUCGUGGUGCUGGCUACCGACGGGGUAUGGGAUGUUGUAUCCAAUCAGGAAGCAGUUCAAAUAGUAUCUUCGACACCGGACAAGCAGAAAGCAGCUAAGCAGCUAGUGGAGUAUGCAGUCCGGGCUUGGAAAAAGAAGAGGAAGGACAUUGCAAUGGAUGAUAUUUCAGCCAUCUGCCUCUUCUUCCACUCUUCUCCCUUAUCUUAGCAUGAAAUUAAUAUUGUUAGAACUUCAAAAUGCUGUCAUGUAUUGUAUUAAUUUCCAAGUUCAAUGUAGUUUAUCAUGUCCAUA